AUGACGCCCACUCACGACUGCCGCACCACCACCAUCACCAAUGGCCACCACAACCCACAACCCUCAUUGACCACCCACAACCGGCCCAGCAUGCCCCAACACCACAAGAACAACACGGCAAUGCCACAUCACCAGCUCUGGCAAGAAAACGAGCACCUGCAACAUCGACGCGACAACGAGGACAGUGACAACGUUGUGUGCCAACCCAGGUGCCAUGUCACUAGAAGAUGUGGCAACCAAACGGUGAAUGACAACCAAUUCACUGACAGCGACGACUCAACAACAAUACGGAACUACCAUGUGACUACGACACGGGACAAGGAUGUGCCACGUCAUCCCAGAUGGCGACAACACAUGCCGUCAUCACUGUCCACAGUAGACAGCCACAACCCACCUAGCGGCCAACAUAACCACCGCCAUGUCACCACCUCACCCUCUGCAACAUUGAGCAAUGUGACCCGACGACGAUGA